CGCUGCAGGACCGGUUCAUUCAGGACAUUACAUCACACUACAGGACAUGGAGCCAGUUAAGCUCCGCCUCUUCCUGUAUGAGACCCAACCUGAGGACAUAACAUGUGAUGAUCAGAGCAGAGAGCAGACAGACGGGAAGACGGACGCAGAGAGACCACGUCCACCUGGACAUGGAUCACCUGGACAUGGAUCACCUGGACAUGGAUCACCUGCUGCUGCUGCUGCUGCUGUGGAGCUCAGGACUCCAGGCUGAAGGAGGACUCACCUCAACAGAGUCUGUCAGGUUGGUGGGGGGGGGCAGUCGCUGUGCAGGGACCCUGGAGGUGAAACAUAACGGAGAAUGGAGACCUGUGGAUAACUAUCUCUUUGGCUGGACCCUGAAGACAUCAGCUGCUGCCUGCAGAGAGUUAGACUGUGGCUCUGCUGUUUCUGUAGUGAGAGAAGAGUCCUCAGACAGAUCUGUGUGGAGGAUCAGGUCUGACUGUGUUGAGUCUGGAUCUGGUCUGAGGGAGUGUGCAGAACCAGGUUCCUCUUCCUUCAUCCUUGAUCUCACCUGCUCAGACUCUGUCAGGCUGGUGGACGGGGACCAGUCUGUGCUCAGGCAGACUGGAGGUGAAGACUAACCAGUCUACCCAGACCUGGUCCUCAGUGUGUGAACACGGACUUUGACCAGCAGG